AUGACUGCCCUCGGGGCACUAGCAACGCAUUUUCAACCAAAAUUCCCUUUUAGGUCCACCAACAACACAACCACCACCAUCACCACCAACACCGUCACCAACAACACCAACAACAACAACAACUUCUGCUACUACAACGACGACUACAACAACCACAACUACGACCACAACUACAAGUGA